AUGGUGGAAGUUAGUGGGCACAUAGCUACUCGGACAGUGACGAUGAAGGAAUUAGAUGUCUCAUGGAAAACGAAGAAAAGCUUCUUUCGCAUCCUUUCAUCACAAAGUACAAGGAUACAAAGAUGGAGGACUUGGCUGCAUUUGUUCGGAACAUUGUUGACUAGCUUUGCUGGCAAAGAAUAUGUUGGCCCGAAUGAGAUCUUCGCAAGUUUGACGGAUUUAAGGAGUACAUUGGCUGGAGAUUGGCCUCCAGAGAAGCUAGUGCAUGUUGUGGAAAAGCUUCAGUGCAAAGGUCAUGGGCAAGAUGGAAUUGCAAUCCGUGCAUCUGGGUCAUUUAUAAUUGGUAAUCAGUUUCUCAUUUGUGGGGAUGGAGUACAAGCUGAGGGCUUGCCCAAUUUCAAAGAUCAAUCUUUUGAUUUAGAAAGUAGGAAGGUUUAA